UGGUCCCCAGGCCGAAGCAGCAUGGAGACUGGACAGAGAGUGGCCCGAAAAGCCCGGAGAUUGGGUUCCAGCCGCCGGAGGCAGAUGCGAGAGCCCACUGAUGGCCAGGAUGCCCCUGUGGCUCCAGAGCCAGAGUCCUGGUCCUCCCAGGCAGCUGCAGAACUGCAGAGCUUCUUCCACGCCUGUGGUGCCAUGGAGAGGGGCUUUGUCACCCGCAAGGACCUGGAGGUGGCCAAGUUCAGCUUCCUGAGCGGUGAGGAGGAGCCGGAGAUGAUCUUUGACUGGGUGGAUGUGGAGCGGAAGGGACACCUCUCCCUUGAAGAAUUCAGUUCUGGGCUCAAGAGAAUCUUUGGCUCCAGCCUGAGCACCCACAGGCUCCACAGAAGGAGGCCACUGUCCUCCAAGCGAGGAUCUGCGGCCGGCAGCUUCCCGGUGCUGGAGGAGGCUGAUGCAGAAGAGAAGGAGGCAUUCUUUGCCCUCACGGAGCAGCUGGGGGCUGGCCACUUACUUCCUGAGCCGGCAGAGCUCUGGCAGCUGUGGUGGAAGCUGAGGCAGGAGGAGCCCCAGCUGGCGGGCAACCUGGAGGGCUUCCUGGCCAAGAUGACCAGCCGCCUGCAGGAGGCACAGGCAGAUAGGGAGGUUCUGGAGCUGACCCUGAGGAAGCGGGACUCGGACCAUCAUCGUGAGGUCCAGCAGCUGUACGAGGAGAUGGAGCAGCAGAUCCGUCAGGAGAAGCAGCAGUUGCAGGCCGAGAGUGAGUCUCGGGACCUGGCCCUCAGCUCCCAGAUGCAGGAGGUCCUGGAGGCCAAGGAGCGCGAGGUGCAGCAGCUGGCUGAGGGCCAGAAGGAGCUGGAGGCCAAGCUGCGCCACCUCAGCAGCACGCACCAGGAGGCCAACGUGGAGAACCGGCAGCUCCGGGAGGCCCAGCACGACUUGGCUGGGCAGCUGGAGGAAGUGCGGGAACAACUGCAGGUGACCAAGGGGCAGCUGAACAUCACCAGGAGCUACGUGUCCUGGCAGAUGGAGGAGGAACCAAGUGUCCCCAGAGCAGGUGAGGAGAAGGCUCCUGACCCUCAAGUAGCCUCCCCUGAAGAGGAGCCGCUGCCCGGACUGUUUGGGAACGACGACGACUGGGACCAGCUCCUGAGCGGCUUCAACAGCCCCCCGCACGGAGCCCUGCAGCUGUGCUGGAGCCCACCUCCAACCCCCAAAGCCUCCUCAGCUCCCCAGACACCCCGAGUUGUCAGGCAGAUCUCCAUCUCAGAGCCCCAUGGUUUCCUGUUUGGUCAGGAGCCAUCUUCAGAUGCGAAGGAGGCUCCAAGGAGUCCCCCUGGGGUGUUUUCCAGGGCCCAGGAAGGAAAAGAAGUGGACCCAGAUGGGCAGGCCCUCAGUCCAGAGCGGCCUGUUGAGCUUCACAGUGAGCAACCUAAGGAGGAGUCAGAGGCUGGCCCUGAAGCCCACUUCCUCUGGGGCCUCCCCAGGGCCCUGAGUGGGGAGUCAGGGAGCCUGGUGGCAUCUGCACUCAAAGUGCUUAUUCCUUUGGAGGACGGAAGCCCUCUCCAGGUGGCCUCUCCCCCUUCUGAGGCGCCCACAGGGCCCAGCAAACAGUUCCAGGCCUCCUACCCAGAUGAUAAGGACUCCUGGACUGGGCCUGUCCUAGCCCAGCCACCCAGGCAGAGAGAGGCCCUCCAUCAGGACCACCCCGCCGCUGGGUCUGAGCCAGGACUGGCGUCCCCAGGAGCAGGAGUCCUCACAGCAGGGCUGGCCAAGCCCUCCCAGGGUCUGGGACGUAUGACUCAGGCUCCCACAGAGGGAUCAGAGCAGGGCGGGCUGGGCCCAGAUGUGCAGGAGAGUCAUCUUGGGGAACUAAGGGAAGCUCAUAGCCAGGUCCAGCCAGAUGAGCUGCUUGCCCUCCCCCAGCAGCGCCUGGAAGAGGAGCCCAGGGCUGAGGAGUGGAAGCAGGCGGGCCAAGGAGGGCAAGGCCUCAGUUCAGAGCAGCCCAGUGAGGCUCAGGGCCUGAGAACUGGGCAUUCAGAACAGCCCCAGCGAGAUUCCCUGCCUACUCCUCUCCCACGUGACACACUGCAGGCUCAGGCUGAGGCUGAAGCCCCUGCUCCUGGAAAACCAUCACCUCCGAGGGGGUCUCCUGCUAGGGGGGCUCAGCCUAAGGUUGAAACAGCGCCCCCGCAGCCCACAAAAACCCUGCCCUCUGUGGCCGUCCUGGAAGCCCAACCUGGACCUCCACCCGCAACUGCUCAAACGGAGGGAGGACAAGGGCCUCUACAAUCCAGGGAGCCAAGGGCAGAGAACAGGCCUGAAGACCUGGGAAUGGACUCUGGGGAGACUGGGCUAAACCCAACCCCAGGGGACCCCACAGACAGCGAGCCUCCAGCCGACCCUGAUUACCUCUUCCAUGUCAUCUUCCUGGGAGACUCCAACGUGGGCAAAACAUCCUUCCUGCACCUUCUGCACCAGAACACCUUCACCACUGGGCUGACAGCUACUGUGGGAGUGGAUUAUCGGGUCAAAAAACUGCUGGUGGACAACAAGUGCUAUGCACUGCAGCUCUGGGACACGGCUGGCCAGGAGAGGUACCACAGCAUAACACGGCAGCUGCUCCGCAAGGCUGAUGGAGUGGUGCUCAUGUACGAUGUCACGUCCCAGGAGAGCUUUGCCCACGUGCGCUACUGGGUGGACUGUCUCCAGGACUCAGCGUCCGAUGGAGUGGUCAUCCUUCUCUUGGGAAACAAGAUGGAUUGUGACAAGGAACGGCAGGUGUCCACUGAGGCUGGGCAGCAACUGGCCGAGGAGCUGGGGAUCUCCUUUGGAGAGUGUAGCGCUUUCCUGGGUCACAACAUCCUGGAGCCCAUGGUGAACCUGGCCAGGUCACUCAAGAAGCAAGAGGACCGCCUGAAGGGCUCGCUGGUGGAGGUGGUCCCUGAGAAGCCCCCAAAGAAAGCUGGCUGUUGCUCCUGA